CUACAUUUUAUAUUCUACAGUUUAGUCUAAUUGCAUAAGAUGUAUUUUUACGUCUAUAUUUAAAAAUAACUUAUUUAUGCCCCAGUUCAGAUUUUAUAAAGUUACGAUAAAAAAUAAUUUAUGAUAAGGACAAGGCCCUAUUUGUAACACUUUUAAAAAUAAUCAGAUUGUCUACCAUAGUUAUGCUUUACAAUCGACCUCAAUGAACCGCUAAAUAAAGUUUAGAUAAAAAAAAGCUUGACAGCAGAUAAAAAUGAGUUGGCAAACAAACGAUGAAACAAACAAUCGACAAAAUCUAGAAACAAGCGGAAUCUUAGUAGUUACUUGCUUGAAACGCAAUCAGAAUGAAGUGUUCGCUUACGUUCGUUGUAUUAUUGGGCCAAUGGCUGGUAUUAAGUCACGCAGAUCGUAUUUUAGUGUUGGCUCCGGCUUGUUCCAAAAGUCACAAAAUUUCUUUCAUGCCAAUCGUAGAGGCGCUAGCCGAGAAGGGUCAUCAGGUAACGGUUGUCACGCCAUUUUCCCCUGACAAUCAAAUUGAAAAUGUUAAAGAGAUAGUUGUCAGAAACAACAUUUUUACAGAAAUGAACAUUAAUUGGUUCCAAAUGAGUCGAGAGGGCUUUUUUGAAUUCUUCACGAGGACAAUACAAAUGUUCCGAUUGACGAUGACAAAUGGCUACCAACAAUUCGUGAGUAAUAAAGAAAUCAAAGAAAUUAUUGAGUCUCGCGCUGUCGAUCUUGUCAUUGUCGAUGCCAUUCUGAAUGAUUUUGUUUUGCCGAUCGUCGAUCAUCUGAAUGUGCCUUACAUUUUCUACUCCUCGGCUGCGAGUGUACCGUGGGUGAUGGACGCGGUCAACGUACCCCUUCAAUACGCUUCCGUUCCGGGUGGUUUGGGCGAUAGCGGAAUCGAAAUGACGUUCAUGGAGCGUUUGGAAAACAUGUUGUUAACAGAGAUUUUCCUAUUGGUUCGUAAAAUAUUUUGGCUCCACGCUUUGGAUGACAUAGCCAUCAAGGAUUUCCCCAACACCCGAACCAUAGCUGAAAUCGAGCGCGAUGCUCAGCUCUGCUUCCUCAAUAGUCACCCAGCAACGGCGUGGAGUAGACCACUACCUCAACAUGUCAUCCCAAUUCCAGCGCUGCAUACAAGACCGGCAAAGCCACUUCCGCAAGAACUACAAACUUUAGCAGAUAAGGCGAACGAGGGAUUCAUCGUCUUCACAUUGGGAUCGGCUAUUCCAGUGUCAACGAUGCCAGAUAAUUUGGUGACAAUCUUUGCCAACGUUUUCGCUCGCAUCCCGCAGCAAGUCUUUUGGAAAUGGGAAAAAUCGGAUAGUUUGAUGGAGAGACUAUCACAUAACGUUAAGAUUCUCAAUUGGCUACCACAGCAGGAUCUUUUAGGUCACAAAAAUGCACGACUAUACAUUUCGCAUGGAGGUCUCAUUGGAAUCCAAGAAACAGUUUAUCAUGGAGUUCCUAUUCUCGGAAUCCCGUUUGGAAACGAUCAACGCGGAAAUUUGGCCAAGGCUCGUGACGAAGGAUACGGUAUCAAGCUAAGCUGGGAGGAAUUGACCGAGGAACUAUUAUACGAUACAAUUCAGUCGCUUUUAAAUAACCCAAGCUACCAGGGAAAUGCAACGCGCCUUUCCAAGCUGAUUCAGCAUCAAUUGUUGCCCGGUAGAGAAAUAGGAGUUUACUGGGUGGAGCACAUCUUACGCCACGGCGGGAAACAUUUGCAUUCUGCAUCGAGAAAUUUGCCUUUCUACAAAAAUCAUUUGCUUGACGUCUGGCUAUUUCUGAUAGUGAUAUCAGCAACAAUGUUGUUCGUGACUUUCAAAGGCAUAACCUGGUUGGUAAAAAAACUAAGGUUAAGUAAAGUGAAAACUCAGUGAUUAUUUUGGAUGUGUAAAGCAUAGAAGUUUACCUUAGCAACAGAAUCAAGCAGCCAAUAUAGUAGUUUGUAAUCAUUGGCAGGAUCUGGAUAAAAAUACAAACAUGCAAAAUUAA